AUGUCUUUAAACAAAAUCUCUUCAACCAACAAAAAUUAUCCGCGUGUAGCAUUCAUUGGUGGCGGCAACAUGGCAGAAGCGAUUCUCGGAGGAUUGGUGUCUCAUGGCUUUCCUCGGCAGAAAAUCACAAUCUCUGAUCCCAUGCCGGCACGCGCUGCUCACUUUAAUGAUACUUAUUCAGGUAUAAGGGUGCUCGAAGGUGAUAAUUCCGCUGCUGUCACUGGUUCGAAGAGUGAAAAAUUGCGUAGUGGUGAGGAGGAAACAGAGGUGGCGGAGGUGGUGGUCUUUGCAGUCAAACCUCAGAACAUGAGUUUAGUAACAACUGAGUUACGUGAUGAGAUACAAAGGACACAACCAUUGGUGGUUUCAAUCGCUGCCGGAAUCAGAACGGGAGACAUUUCUCGAUGGUUAACAACUGGUGUUGUCAAACCUCUAAAAGAAAGUGAGAGCGAGGAAGUGAUAUCGAAUCAAGAGGAAGUUACUCGGAGUAUUCCAAUUGUUCGUUGCAUGCCAAACACCCCAGCAUUAAUAUUGGAAGGAGCAGCAGGAUUAUAUGCAACUCCUGAUGUGACAGACGCGCAAAAAGUUCUAGCCGAAGAAAUUAUUGGGGCAAUAGCCAAAGAAUAUUCUUGGCUGGAGGACGAGAGUUUAAUUGACGCUGUAACCGCGCUAAGUGGAUCAGGACCAGCUUACUGUUUCUUGAUGAUGGAGGUCAUGGAGCAAGCCGCUGUAGAUCUUGGAAUCCCGAGAGAUAUUGCUAGUAAAUUAACGAUUCAAACAUUUGUUGGCUCCUCAAAAAUGGCACAAAUAAACACGAAAACUACAUCACUCGCUGAACUUCGACAUCGCGUCACGUCACCCAAUGGAACCACCGAGGCAGCAUUAAAACAAAUGGAGAAAGGAAACUUUUCUCAGGUGGUGUCAGAUGCGGUAAAAGCUGCCGACCGUCGUUCAAAAGAAUUGGCCAAAGAGUUUGGAAAAAUUUGA